CAUCGGAUACAACCAACGUGAAUGACGCCCAGGAUGCAAUAAACCUGAAAGUUCUAAAAGACAUGAUGAUAAAAGAAGAAGGCAGGGUUGACUUCCAAACUGGUGACGUGAAUGGUGUGAGGACUGUCCAACUGAAGACUAUAGAAGAACUUGCGCCGACAGAAAAUGCGCCAACGGAGUUUCCUCACGUUUAUGUUGUCCUGCGGGUUGCUAAGGAUUGUCUACUUGCUUCAUAUGGCCAAACAAGUCAAGGACGGCAAAAGUGUCUACUUUGGGGAUUAUCCAGAAGCGAAGUUAGCAAAUCUACUGAGUGCUAUAAGGUCCUGGACUCCUUUUGCCCGGCAGAUAUGUACGAUAUGACGGAACGUGAGGGCCCGUGCCUGCAAUACGACAGAGACGAAAGCCAACUUGACGAUACAGCGCAGGAGGAUCAAAAAGCAAAUUAGCACCUUGUCCAACAAAGUGUUGAAAA